AUGGCCACUGCAGCGCACAUACCGCUCGUCUACCGCCUCUUCUUCCUCUACAUCGAGCCCGUCUCUGCGCUCGUCGGCGCAUACUUCGCCGCCAUUCAGCCAGCCGACUACCUCGCCUAUCUCGCGCCCACUCCCACGUCCGUCGCCUCCUCCCCUCCGCCGACGCCGACCCUCAUCUCUCUCUUCCAACUCGCCAAUCUCUACCUUCUCUUCGCUCUCAACGAGCACUUCGUCCUCUCUAGCACCUCUGACCGCCGAGUCUGGUGCCGCCUCCUCGCUGGCCUGCUCAUCGCAGACUUCGGGCACCUCGCGACGAUGAUCCCGCUUGCGCGGGAGAAGGGGUUUGUCGACGUAUUCUUGAACCUCCCACGAUGGUCGGCGAUGGAAUGGGGCAGUGUUGGUUUUGUGUACGCCGGCGCAUCCAUGCGGAUGUCCUUUCUCGCCGGCGUCGGGAUGUCCUCCGGGACUGGUCAGAGAGACCCUGCGUCGAAGGCCAAGUGA